CGAUCGCUCGACCUCGUGCAGGCCCUCGAUUCCUCGAUUCUGCCUGCGAGGGCUGCGAGUUGUCCGACGUCGAAUGGCGGCAGCAAGGGACUGUUAACACACGACGGACGGUGGCUAACACCUCGGACCGUAGGCCGUCUCCGACCGUAUUGAAAAAGUGAGGGAAACGCGCGGGGCACCUAUUGAGCACCGAGAGGCUGGGGAUGAGCUCGUGACGUGUCCUGAGGCCCAGGAUCGAUCGCGGACUUGUCACAACGUGCUUCCACACAGCUUCUCACGACGGAGCAGUGCACACGAAGAAGGGCGUCCGCGGUGUGUUAAUUAUGUGAGCAGGGGGAACUGCCUUACGCGGUACGGCCAAAGUGGGACGUAUUCCUCGCGUCGCGUCAUGUUCCAUCACGAGUACGAGAAACGACUGUUGAAGCCUGUGUGCGGUGGCGAUGCCACGACGGCGACGGGCACGACGGCGUUGCCCGGUGCCGUCGCCACUUAUCUGCCCAUCUACUCGCCCACGAAGACGUCGCCGUGCAACAACAGCUACGACCGCUUCAUACCCACCCGUUCGGGUAACAAUUGGCAGACCACGUUCUCCAUGAUCAGCGAGAAUGGCCGGGGCGGUCUGGUGGCGAAGAAGACGCGGGAGAACGGCGAGGGCAGUCGCGACGGCAUCGCGUAUUCCUGCCUGCUGAAGAACGAACUGCUCGGGGCGAGCAUAGAGGACGUGAAGGGACAAUGCGAGGAGCGCAGAGUGCUGUCGCCGUUGGUCACCAAGAACCUCUUCAAGUACACUACACCCACCAAGGACCGGACUCUGUUGGAUCAAAGUUCACCGUACUCCUUAUCGCCUCUUAGUGCCAAGAGUCAAAAGCUGUUGAGAUCACCCAGAAAGGCGACCAGAAAGAUCUCGAGAAUACCCUUCAAGGUUCUGGAUGCUCCGGAGUUACAAGACGACUUCUACCUGAACCUGGUUGACUGGUCCUCCCAGAACGUUCUCAGCGUUGGCCUAGGAAGCUGUGUCUACCUGUGGUCGGCGUGUACCAGCCAAGUGACGAGACUGUGCGAUCUGUCCAGCGACGGCAACAGCGUGACCUCCGUCGCCUGGAACGAGCGAGGCAAUCUGGUGGCAGUAGGUACGCAUAUGGGCUACAUACAGGUGUGGGAUGUGGCGGUGAACAAGCAGGUGAGCAAACUACAGGGCCACAGCGCCCGUGUGGGAGCCUUGGCAUGGAACGGGGAAGUACUCUCGUCCGGCAGCAGGGAUCGAUUGAUACUGCAAAGGGACGUGAGGACGCCGUGCGUAGUCGGCGAACGGCGACUCGGCGCUCAUCGACAGGAGGUGUGCGGUCUCAAAUGGUCACCGGACAAUCAGUACCUGGCGUCUGGCGGCAAUGACAAUCGGCUCUACGUGUGGAACUUACACUCCCUCUCACCCAUCCAGACGUACACCGAGCACUUGGCGGCGGUGAAGGCGAUCGCCUGGUCGCCUCAUCAUCACGGCUUGCUAGCAUCCGGUGGCGGCACCGCCGACCGUUGCAUCCGCUUCUGGAACACGUUGACCGGUCAACCGAUGCAAUGCGUUGACACUGGCUCGCAGGUCUGCAAUCUGGCGUGGAGCAAGCAUAGCUCCGAGCUAGUUAGUACGCACGGUUAUUCGCAGAACCAGAUUCUCGUGUGGAAGUACCCGAGCCUCACGCAGGUGGCCAAACUCACCGGACAUUCGUACCGGGUGCUCUAUCUGGCAAUGUCACCAGACGGUGAGGCGAUCGUCACUGGGGCGGGCGACGAGACUCUACGCUUCUGGAAUGUAUUUAGUAAAGCGCGUAGUCAGAAGGAGAAUAAGUCCGUGUUGAAUCUGUUUACGAGUAUCCGAUAAACAACCGAUCAGACUGCACCGGUCAUCGUAAUAGAGCCUCGCGAAACGUCUUUUACUAUGUAUUUUGUACAUACGCAUACACACGUAUCUAUCAUCAAGAUUGAUCAAUAGAAUAUCCUAAAAAAAUUAUAUAUACACUUGUAGAAACAUAUAUAUAUAUAUAUAUAUAUAUAUAUAUAUAUAUAUAUAUAUAUAUAUAUGUAUAUAUAUAUAUAAAAUUGUGCUAGAGAUACUAGAAGAAACAUUCUUAGAGAAUUGUAUAGAGAUCAGAACUACGUGGUGUUCCAAACAUAUAGAAUAAGUCCGCGGAUUUUUCGCACAGUCUGCGAAAUACUUUGAGUAAUACUUGUGUGCAAUACUCGUUGCUAUUCUCCGGUAGAGAAUAUUUGCUUACAAGGAAAUAAGGAACAAAAAAUUAUGUAUACCGGAAACUAUCGCUACGAGACACUAUAUUUUUUAUGCACUUUAUAUACACUUAUUUUUAUAUGUCGCUACACUACAGAAUAGUAAAUACUUGCACGGAGUGUCCCAGAAAUCGCAAACUCAACAGCAAACCUGAUGCAGAUUUUUUUAUCUCGAUUAUUAAUCAAAUAAGAUUGAGUAAUUUUUGAAAUAUAUAUUUUUAGAUAAUUUAGCGACAAUAUUUUUUUCUCAGCAUUUGAAAUUAUUGUUUUACUCCAAGUUAAAUAUUUCAUUUUUUUUUAAUUAACGAGAUAAUUUGUUGCAAAUGACGAGAUUUUGCCCAAGAGAAAUCUACUCCAGAUUUGCCAUAGGAUCUCUAAUUAAAAUUAAGUCUUUCUAAGACACUCUGAGCAACGCGCUUGAGUAUUUUUUAUUUUAUUUUGCAUUGCGAUAGCGAUGUUAGAGCUCGCACAAUUCAUAUCUUGCUGCAUCUUUGAUCGGCAGUUUACAGAUCAUGUAUUGUACUAUUUAUAAAUUUGUAAUCAUAGUUUUCUCUUUUCAAGAGUGUGUUUCCUGUAAUCACUAUAUUUCCAGAACUUUUCGAAAUAAAUGCCCGCUUAGGGAUUACAGAUUGAUCAGACUCUGAAAGAGAAAAAAAAUUUAUGAAAUUCCAGGAAGGCUGGAAAUUUCAUAUUUUUUUCUAUUUGAUAUUAUCCUAAUGAGCUCUAUUAGUCAACAAUAAAAAAAAGAAUUUGCUUCUACGCAUAUGCGAAUCUUUUCCAGCGCAUUCUUGUACGAGACUAAUACUAGUUUAUAAUUCACGCAAAUUGUACAAAUUUAAGUUGAAACAAUUAAGUUGAAAGUGACGUAUCAUCUACUAAUCUAACUGCAUCUACUAAUUUAUGUAUAACAAGAAGAAUAUAUAUUUAAUAUAUCGCAUUGAUAUACUUUGCGUAAUGUUAUACGAAAAGAAUUAAUGUUACAUGAACGUAAAAGAGAUAGAAAAUUGAUGAGAGAAAAUUGCGUAUAGUUCGCAAACGUACACGCAUAUGUGUAAUCUAUUUUUUGCGAUACCAUAUAUAUCGUACGUACGAGUACACGAGUGUAUAAAAAAACUGAAAUAAAAAGCUAUAUUGACAAACCGAGAUUCUCAACGAGGGGCGAUUAUUUUGUUCACGAAUCGUCCGCCAAAUGACCGAUGAUUGUCAAGUAGUAUUAUACGUUAUGCUCUAGUAAUAUGUAUAAAAUAUUUUUAUACGAUCGCUAUUAUAUCGUUAGGCGAAAUGCGUACACGCCUAUGACGCUUUGCUCGAUUCACGCGCGGUGAUCAACCAGGAAGACGCACCGGAAGUAAAAAAAAGGGAAUGCAAAUUGCAGCGUUACGGUCCUAUAUGUACGCUGCAUUCUAUAUACGCCAAGAUGUAUCCGAGCUUCUUAUAAUAAGCUAUAAAUGGAAGUGUUUUCUUGCAGUUUCUACAUCGUUCGAUAAUUCGUGUAAUUAAAAUGCGUAAAGAGACGCGGCCUCUCUCGCUGCGCAUUGGCGCGAACAUUACUGCGUCUCUUGAUAAAGCAACAUUUUUUUUUUAUGAUGGGAAAUCCAAAAAGAUAUUGUAAACGAUAUCAAUUCUAUUAUAGUUGUAAUGCGUAAAAGAAAAUACUGCGAAAAUAGAUAAAUUAGACAAAUUAUACAUCAGAUAUUGAUAAAAUUAGUGAAAAUUAUAAAUUGUUAUUUACAAAUAUAAAAUGUAAUUGCCUUCUAUUACAUGCUCAAAUAAAAGAAAAGCGAUAAAAAAGAUAAAUGAGAUGAUAAAUGAUUUAUGUGUAUAUAGAUCAAAGGCUACUAGUCAUAUUUAGUCAAUAACCAGAACUUUUUAGAUAUUCAUGGCAUUUUUUUAUGAAUAUUUUUCUUUUAUAAUGUACAUACAUAACAUUUUUUCUUUUGAGAUAAUGUAAUAUUUCUAUUUUUUCAAAAGAAGCAUAUUUUAUAAAAAUAAAAAUAAUACUUCACUUAUUUAUAAGUGAAUGAUGAUGCUCCUAUUUGUAUCGUAAAUUUAAUAUUCAUUUAUUAUAUCUUUUAUUUUGAUGUUUAUAGAAAUUGAUAUCGUUUACGUUCUUAACAUACGUAAAUUAUUUGAAUGUCUGUUAAAUACAAUGUCUUAUUUCUUUAAAAAAAAUUUUUUUUUUAGUAAAAAUGUGUAAACUGAAGAGUACGUUGUGGAGAUUUCUCACACAUAACUACAAAAAUGUUUAAAUUUUUAUUAUUUCAAAAAACUUUCGUCAUUAAAUUUAUGCUACAUUACUAUAGAUGCAAUAUCUGUUGUCUUACAUGCAUCAAUGUUUAAAAAAUACUGAAGGUUUUAUAUCAAAAUAUGUAGUAAUAUUAUUUUCGGCAAAUUUUGCGCUAUAUAAUAUAUAAUAUAAUCAAUUUUUUUCGAUUUAUGAUCUUAAUUGCGUGCAAUGGUUUCGUAGAUCUUUUAUAUCGUUUCUUAUUUUAUUAUAUUUGCGCGUCGCCGAUCUUGAAAUACAAUCUUGCAAUUAUGAUAAUUAUAAAAUAUCUCGUUCUUGCAAAGGAGAUAUUGUAAGAUAUUUAACACAUCAAUUUUGUUCAUUAAUUUGAUGAUUUAAAAGCGAUUUCUAUAUUAUAUAUACAAUCCUAUUUAUACAAUAUAUUAAUUAUAGUUUAUAUUUUUUGGGCAAAAUUGAAUUAUGAAAAAUUAUCUAUUAAUGUAUGGAUAUAUACUUGCAAAAUAUAACUAUACUUUCGAAGAUUUGGCUAUUAUGUAACUGCCUACUGAGUCAUGAAUAAGUGUUAGAAUAACAUAUUUAGUGAACUUUGAACUGUAUUAUGGGUUAAAUAAAGUGAUUCU